AUAGUUUGUCUAUGAUCAAAAUAAAGGCGAAAAGGCAAGUGUUAUCGCGUUUGCAAAUAAAAUAAAUUUGUGUACUUUCAUAAUUAAAACACAUAAAAUAAUAUGACUUCGGUUAAAGACGUUGCUACGCUCUAUCAAAAUCUCAAAACUGAAUGGGCAAAGAAACCACGCAAGCUCGAAAAAUGCGGCGAACUUUUGAACAAAAUCAAGAUCGCACUAACACAGUUAACCUUUUUACCAAGUAACAAUACGGUUGCCAACCAGAAGGAAUUGAUAUUAGCGCGCGAUGUGCUAGAAAUUGGUGCCCAGUGGGCCGUGGCUACCAAAGAUAUGAAGGCUUUCGAGAGAUAUAUGUCCCAGUUGAAAUGUUAUUAUUUUGAUUACAAAGACCACCUUCCAGAAUCAGCCUUCAUGUACCAACUGCUGGGCUUAAACCUACUCUUCCUGCUAUCUCAGAAUAGAGUAGCUGAGUUCCACACAGAGCUUGAACGUCUGUCCGUUGAUGUGAUCAGAGUGGAUCCCUAUGUGAGGCAUCCUUUAGCUUUGGAACAGUAUCUCAUGGAGGGAAGUUAUAACAAGAUUUUCUUGGCCAAGGAUAAUGUGCCAGCAGAGAGCUACACCCUGUUCAUGGAUACCCUGCUAGACACAGUGCGAGGGGAAAUAGCAGCAUGUAUUGAGAAGGCAUACAACUGUAUAUCGUGCAACGAGGCUGCCCGCAGACUCAACCUGCCUUCGCAGCAGGCUGUGCUGGAAUAUGGCAAAAAGCGCAACUGGACGUUGGGCGCAGACAACUGCUACCACUUCUCAGCCUCCGAGGAAACCAACGCGUCGGCCGCCGACGUCUUCCCCUCGCUAGAAUUGGCCGAGCAGACCAUAGAAUACGCUAGACAUCUUGAGAUGAUUGUGUAGAUUGUAGUCUUAAUUUAAAUAUUGUAUUACUAAAUAAAGCAUUUUGAAAUAAAUAUUAUGAAGU